AUGGCCUUCGUCUCCCAGGAAAAGACGUUCUCUCCCUCGUCUCUAUGUCAGCCUCCAUUACCAUCGCAUGCCAUCCUGAGGUGGAUCGAUUUCAAUGUUAGCAUUCCAUAUAUUACCAGAAAGGACGAAAACAUACACUCGGACCCGGAUGAAUAUUACUUUGAACACGUACGGGUGAUGCAAAUUAAAUCACAUAUAUGUCAAUCGACAGUCAAGGGAGCCGUGCGAUUCGGCGUAAUGAAGAUCGAUAAAGCAAUAAUCAGACCCACGGGAUCCUUCGCAGUAACAUUCAUGCUUCCAUAUGUCCACAAGAGUCCUAGAUUGGGUUUAAACCAACGGCGGUACACAGAACAGCAGUGGUGGGACUGCGAAAUACGACGGAUGCCUCGCUCUGAGGACGGACCAUGCACAGGCCGGUACCGCGAACGCACACGGUCCUUCUUGUGCAUGGUCAGUGCGCUUUGGCAGGGGGCAUGUCUGUUUUGCGGUACAUCAAGUCUACGGCCAUUUGCACAUGACAUGGGCGUAGGGAGCACAUUUGUUUCGCGGUACAUGACCGAAUCUCGAAAUAUGCACAUUCUUGUCAUUUAG